AUGCUCAUGGAUUAUCUCUGCUGUUGCCUUAACAAACCCAGGGGCUCCGACCCGGAAGAAGUUGCCGACCGCGACCCGGUUCUCCUGGUGUCGGGCAUAGCCGGGUCGAUCCUCCAUUCGAGGAAGAAGAGUUCCGGGUCCGAGACCCGGGUUUGGGUUCGGAUUCUGUUGGCCGACCUGGUGUUCAAGAAGAAGCUCUGGUCCAUUUAUAAUGCUGACACAGGGUAUACAGAGUCACUGGAUGAUAGUACCGAGAUAGUAGUGCCUCAAGAUGAUUAUGGGCUUUACGCCAUUGACAUUCUGGACCCUUCUUUACUUGUAAAGCUUCUGCAUUUGAGCGACCUGUACCAUUUUCAUGAUAUGAUUGAAAUGCUUGUUGGAUGUGGGUAUAAGAAAGGGACAACAUUGUUCGGUUAUGGUUAUGAUUUUCGGCAAAGCAAUAGAAUAGAUCAGCUACUGGAUGGCCUAAGAGAGAAACUGGUGGCUGCAUAUAAUUCUUCAGGAGGAAGGAAAGUUAACAUAAUAUCACACUCGAUGGGUGGAUUGCUGGUGUCGUGUUUCAUAUCUCUUCAUAGCAAUAUUUUCUCCACAUACGUAAAUAAGUGGAUUACAAUUGCCACUCCCUUCCAAGGUGCACCAGGAUGCAUCAAUGAUUCUAUACUCACCGGGUUGCAGUUUGUUGAUGGAUUUGAAAGUUUCUUUUUUGUAUCUCGGUGGUCAAUGCAUCAACUGCUGGUGGAGUGCCCAUCUGUUUACGAGAUGUUACCAAACCCCAACUUCAACUGGAAAAAGCAACCUCAGGUUCAAGUAUGGAGAAAGCAUUGUGAGGAUGAAGAAGCUUCAGUUGAACUGGUCUCAUAUGACACCAAUGGAUGCAUCACACUUUUCGAGGAGGCAUUAAAAAACAACGAGCUAAAUUAUGAUGGGAAAACUGUAGGACUUCCAUUCAACUUUGCGAUCCUUAAUUGGGCUGCUGGCACACGGGAAGUUCUGAAUAAAACCCAACUUCCAAAUGGAGUUUCUUUUUAUAACAUAUACGGAACAUCUUUUGAAACACCUUUUGAUGUUUGCUAUGGUUCAGAGUCUAAGCCGAUUGAUGAACUAUCUGAAAUAUGUCACACGAUGCCUGAAUACACUUAUGUAGAUGGUGAUGGAACCGUCCCUUCAGAGUCAGCAAUGGCAGACAAGUUAGAUGCGGUUGAGCGAGUCGGAGUUUGUGCUACCCACCGUAAACUUCUAGCCGAUGAGAAAGUAUUUCAACUCAUCCAAAAGUGGUUAGGAGUAUAUGAUCAAAAAGCCAUCAAUAAGAUGCAGCAUACUUCCAAGGUGAUGGAUUGUUCGUAUAAAUUGUAG